CGAUCGCAUACUUGGCCACUUACAUGCACCCCUCGGUUCUUCAGUAAGUAAGAGAGGGGAGGUCUUUUUCGGACGUUUCUGUUGCUCCUGUCCGCGUUUGGGUUCUUCUGUACACCCCCGGUCUUCUUUCCAUCCCCCGCUCCGCUUAUUCUAUGACCUUACCUGGUGCCAGACCCUCCUAAUUCCAAGUCCGGUUCUCUCCUAAUCUAUACCGUUCCUUUCCCUUGCCGCUCAUUUUCCCCCGUCAACAUGGUACGUCUGAGGGAGAUCCCCCGGACGGCCACUUUCGCCUGGUCUCCCGGGGCCGCUUCGCCCCUGAUCGCUACUGGUACUCGCGCCGGUGCCGUCGACGUCGACUUCUCCAAUCAGACAUGUCUGGAGCUCUGGGAUCUGGCCCUCGGCCGCCACGAGGCUGGUGGGGAGCUGCAGCCGGCUGCUAAGAUUGAUACGGACUCUGGCUUCAAUGACCUCGCAUGGACGGAAUCCGACGAUAGCUCGCGGGGUGUCAUAGCCGGUGCCUUGGAGAACGGCUCGUUGGAUCUAUGGGAUGCUGACAAGCUGCUGAACGGAUCCAGUGAUGCCGUCAUCUCGAGGACCAACAAACAUUCAGGGGCUAUCAAGGCUCUCCAGUUCAACCCCAAGCACUCGAACUUGCUGGCAACCGGUGGCUCAAAGGGCGAGCUUUACAUCUCCGACUUGAACAAUAUCGCGAAUCCUUCCCGACUCGGCGGCACGGCGGCCCGCGCAGACGAUAUUGAGUGCCUGGAUUGGAACAAGAAGGUUGCACACAUUCUGGUCACCGGUAGCAGUGCGGGCUUCGUGACAGUCUGGGAUGUCAAGACGAAGAAGGAGAGCUUGACGCUCAACAACAUGGGUAGGAAAGCUGUCAGUGCUGUGGCCUGGGACCCGGAGAAGCCCACCAAACUUGUUACUGCGACACCUCUCGAGUCCGACCCUCUGAUCUGCGUCUGGGAUCUCCGUAACUCACACGCCCCGGAAAGGACCCUCCGCGGCCACGAGUCCGGCGUCUUGUCGCUCUCCUGGUGUGCCCAGGAUCCCGAUCUGCUCCUCUCAUCCGGAAAAGACAACCGCACCAUGUGCUGGAACCCACAAACAGGACAUGCCUAUGGCGAAUUCCCCGUCGUUACAAAUUGGACCUUCCAGACUCGCUGGAACCCCCACAACCCCAACUUUUUCGCCACCGCUUCGUUCGACGGAAGAAUCUCCAUUCAGACUAUCCAGAAUACGGGCACCGAAGCCGCCCAGGCUAUCGCCGACCAGAACCAGGCUUUGGACGGUGAAGACUUCUUCGCCAAGGCACAGACUCAGCCUCAGGUCUCGAGCUUCUCGUUGCCCAAGACCCCCAAGUGGCUCGAGAGGCCCUGCGGUGCUACCUUCGGCUUCGGAGGCCGGGUGGUCUCGGUCAACCUGAUCGAGAAGGGUCAGCGUGCGUCCAAGGUCAAGAUCAGCCCCUUUGAGGUUGAUGAAGCCGUUGGAAAGUCGACGGAGACCUUCGAAAGCGCCCUCAAGGACGGUGAUCUGCGGAGCAUCUGUGAAACCAGAGCUGCCAACGCACCCAGCGAUGAGGAGAAGGCCGACUGGAAGGUCAUUGAGGCCUUGAUCUCGGCCGACCCCCGCAAGGGCCUGGUUGAAUACCUCGGCUUUGCCGACCGCGCCGACGAAGCUGCUGAUAGCCUGGCUAAGCUUGGACUGGAUAGGGAGGAAGAAGUCAACGGAGAGGCAGCGAAGGAGUCCCGCGGGUCGGGCGCCAAGAAGCACAGACGCCUGCAAUCGAUGUUUGACGCCAACCCCGAGGCGGACAACUUCUUGUCUGACCUGGCUGCAUCCAAGGGAGCCAAGACCAACAACCCCUUCCAUAUCUUCAAUGGCGAAGAGACCGAGGCCGACAAGGGCAUCACCAAGGCUUUGCUGCUGGGUGACUUCAACAAGGCUCUUGACGUCGCCCUCAAGGAAGACCGUCUGUCCGACGCUUUCAUGAUUGCGAUCUGCGGAGGUCCCAAGUGCAUUGAGAAGGCCCAAGAGCAUUAUUUCCAAAAGCAGACCAACAGCCCUAACUACGUGCGCUUGCUCGCCUCCAUCGUCGGCAAGAACCUCUGGGACGUCGUCUACAAUGCCGACCUGUCUAACUGGAAGGAGGUUAUGGCGGCGCUCUGCACCUUUUCCGAAGAGAAGGAGUUUGCUGACCUGUGCGAGGCUCUUGGUGACCGUCUGGAGGAGGAACUCCGCAACACUGACAACAAGGCACUCCGCAAGGACGCCUCCUUCUGCUUCUUGGCCGGUUCCAAGCUGGAGAAGGUUGUUGCGAUCUGGAUCGAGGAGCUUCGUGAGAACGAACAGAAGGCCAUUGACACGGCCGCCGACGACUCGGCCUUCUCCAUUCACGUCCGCGCUCUGCAGGCACUCAUCGAGAAGGUGACAAUCUUCCGCCAAGUUACCAAGUUCCAGGACACCGAACGUACCAAGGAGUCGGACUGGAAGCUCAGCACUUUGUACGACAAGUACAUCGAGUAUGCCGAUGUUGUUGCCACGCAUGGUCGUCUCCAAGUGGCGCAGGCGUACCUUGACCUUGUUCCAGAGAAGCACCCCGAGGCUGAGAUCGCACGGAACCGGAUCAAGUUGGCCACGAGACAGGCUGCUACUCCUCAGAGGACUCAGGCAGCUGCUCCCGUGAGCAGGGCAGCCCUGAACAAGCCUCUGCCGCAGCCCAACGCCUUCCAGCCCCAGAGGGCUUACUCGCCGGUUACAGCAGCUCCUGCUGCGAGCGCCUAUGCUCCUCCUGCCGCUGCUGGUUCCGCCGCCGCCCCGAACCCCUAUGCCCCGGCUGCCGCGGCGGCCGCUGCCCCCAACCCGUACGCCCCUCCAGCUGCCGCUGCCAACCCUUACGCUCCUCCCACUGCUGCUGCGGCACCGGCACGGCCUGCCAACCCAUACGCACCGGCUGGCGGUAGCGGCUACACGCCUGCAGGAUAUCAAGCACCCCAGGCACCUGCUUAUGGUGCUCAGCCCCUAGGCGGUGCUGUGCCCCCGCCUCCACGGGCUACCAACCAGUCUCCUGCUAUCACCACGUACACCACCGCUACAAACCUCCCCUCGUGGAACGACUUGCCGGAAGGCUUCGCCAAAACGCCGGCGCCACGCAGAUCAACCCCUGCUGCUGCUGUUGCCGCUCCGAUCGCCUCGCCGUUUGUCAACUCCCCUCCUAUUGCCCAGGGCCCUCCCCCAGCCGGAACCCCGAUCGGCCAGCGGGCACCUUCAGUUCCCCCUCCGCCCAAGGGCACUGCCCCUCCCCCGCGUAUAACGUCGCCACCGGUCGCCCCGGCUUCGGCUGCCAUGCCUCCCCCGGUCAACCCCUACGCUUCUUUGACCCAGUCUCCUCCCAUGGCCUCCACGAUGGGUGUGCCGGCUGUUCCUCGGGGCCCUUCUCCAUACAACGCACCGCCUACCGUGCCGCCACCCUCGAACCGUUAUGCCCCUAGCCCGGCUGCCCAGGCUGCCAGCCCUCAACUGCAGACGCGUGCUCCUAUCCCCCCCCCUCCUCAGGCGGCUGCCUCUCCGUAUGCCGCUCAGCCUCCGGUUCAGCCCCCGGUAGCGGGUCAGUAUGUCUCGGGUACUCCUCCGCCACACGCGCAGCCGCUGCAGCACGCCCCGCCGCCCCAGGCUGCUCCUAGCUCCCGGCCCAGCACGGCCUCGUCGCAGAGAAAGCCUGCGCCUGUAGCGCCCAAGUACCCUGCGGGCGAUCGUUCUCACAUCCCUGCCGACGCGAUGCCCGUCUACGAGAUUCUCAGCGCAGACAUGCAGCGCGUGAAGUCCCGCGCCCCGUCUUCCUUCAAGGCACAGGUCGAUGAUGCCGAACGGCGGUUGAGCAUUCUGUUCGACCACCUCAACAACGAGGAUCUGCUUCGGCCCAAUACCGUCGCUGACAUGGCCGAGCUCGCCCGCGCCAUCCAGGCGCGCGACUACGAAACUGCCCGGACGAUCCACAUUGACAUCAUGACGAACCGGAACGACGAGUGUGGCAACUGGAUGGUCGGUGUGAAGCGCCUCAUCAGCAUGAGUCGUGCCACUCCGUAGAUUCGUAACGCGUGACAUGAGAGAGACCAUGUAUGGGGCUCAAAAACGUUUAUGAGUUGUAUGUAAAGGAAAGAUUCCGUCUUCUACCUUACCUUACCUAGGGUUAUUGCUGCUUUACUGUACUGGUCCAAUGCCCAUUACCGAUUAUUUAUAUGUGCCCCUGUCCCUGUUCCCGGUUCUGAUUGGGUUGGGUUGGGUUGUGUUGGGUUGGGUUGAGGGUUGCUGAAAUUAAAAUUAUCUUAAGAAUUAUUGCUUCUUCAUAUGUCAAUGUU